GCGUCUUCCACAAGAUUUCAGACACCUUUUUUCUUACGAAAAUAUAUUUACUAUAUUAAUUACACAAUUUAAAAAAAUAAAUAAUCUUCACCUCUCUCAUCACUGUUUAAUAAUUCGUCAACAUUAAACUUUCCACUCAUUCGCACAAAUUAGGGUUUUACAAAAGGGGUUUAAGGACCCAUUGCUCGUAACCCCUAAUCAUCUUUCUCAAAUGGUUCGCUCCAAUGGCAUCAAGCUUCUUCAUUCUCUUUCUCCUAAUCUCCUCCGUAACGCUAUAUAUGGAGGAGUGCUUCAAAGAGGUUAUAGAACAUUGAAUUCAAGAUUUUGUAAUCCUUCCAAAGUUAUUGGAAAUUCUUUUCCCAAUGUUGGAGAUGGUGUUAAUUUGAAGAAGUGGGUGUUAUUGGGAGCAGCGAAUAAUUAUUUCGGGGCAUCGAGAUCAAUUCAUGGCUCGGCAUCAUUGGCACGAGAUUUUUAUGACGUUCUUGGAGUUAGUAAUAAAGCAAGUUCUGAUGAAAUAAAGAAAGCAUUCUAUGGGCUUGCAAAAAAGCUCCACCCUGAUGCAAACAAAGAUGAUCCUGACACUCAAAAGAAAUUUCAAGAAGUUUCAAUGGCAUAUGAGGUUUUGAAGGACGAGGAAAAGCGUGAACAGUAUGAUCAGGUUGGCCAUGAUAUUUAUCUAAAACAACAAAGCGGUGAUUUUGGAGGCGAUGGUGGCUUUCAUAAUCCCUUUGAGGAUAUAUUCCGUCGUGGUUUUGACUUCUAUCCUCAGAACAUUGGCGGACAGGAUGUCCAGACUUUUGUUGAACUUUCUUUUAUGGAAGCUGUCCAAGGAUGCACCAAAACUGUUACAUUUGAAACAGAGGUGCUUUGUGACACUUGUGGUGGAACCGGGGCUCCUCCUGGUACAAGACCUGAAACCUGUAAGCGCUGUAAAGGGUCAGGAGUGACACAUGUACAAGCUGGCAUGAUUAGGAUGGAUGUUUCAUGUGGUGCAUGUAGGGGAACUGGCAAAAUUGUAAAGAGUUUCUGCAAGUCAUGCAGGGGUGUAAAGCUUAGCAAAGGAACAAAGUCGAUCAAAUUGGAUAUUAAGGCUGGGAUUGACAACAAUGAAACCCUUAAGGUUUUCAGAAGUGGUGGUGCAGAUCCUGAUGGAGAUCGUCCUGGUGAUCUUUAUGUUACUAUCAAGGUCAGGGAAGAUCCUGUCUUCCGUAGAGAAGGAUCUCAUAUUCAUGUAGAUACUGUUUUAAGUAUCACUCAGGCAAUUUUGGGCGGAACUAUUCAGGUCCCGACUCUUACUGGCGAUGUUGUUCUUAAGGUGCGUCCUGGAACACAACAAGGUCAAAUGGUGGUUCUGAAAAACAAAGGGAUCAAGGGCAAAAAUUCUUAUACAUUAGGCAAUCAAUACGUUCAUUUUAACGUCAGCAUCCCAGUAAACCUAACAAAAAGACAGCGGGAAUUGAUUCAAGAGUUUCAAAAGGAAGAGCAAGAUGAAUCUUCUGAUAAAGACAAAGCUGCUUCGGCUUCCGGUUGAAAACGUUGGCAGAGUAUGCAGUCAGUAUGGCCAGGAAGCUGUCUGCUAUCAAGUUUUGUAGAAGUAUUAAUUAUUUUAUUAUUUUGCUUUUUGCCCCUCUGAUUUUGAGUUUAUGUAAUAUAUCUCGUCAAUGUCGUCAUAAGAGAUAAAAUCAUAAAUUCUAAAUUCAUUUUGAGGUUGGAAGAAAGUCCCUUCAUGCACCUGUAGACUACAGACCACAGUAUUCUGGUAUGUGUUGUAUAUAAAAUCCUUAACAUAAAGGGGUUCAUGCAAGACAUGAAUUGCCAUUCUUUUUCCUUCUAUACUAAGUAAAGGAACCUUGACAAAUUA